AUGUUGAGUGAAGAUGAGGAUAUGAUAGAUGAUGUUCCAAGAGAAGUUGAAAUGAACACUGCCAGAAAACUUAGUUUCAAAGUAGAGGUGAAAGACGAGCCUGGUGUUGUGCCCAAGACUGACAUAACAAUCACUGAGCAAGCCUCCCCAGCUACUGCUGCCAUUCCAAGCACCCCUGCAGUAGCUGCCACACCUGCUGUUACUCCCACCACCUCUCCCACUGCUGCCACUUCGGUAUCUGGCAGCUCUCCUUCCAAUCUCGGGGCGGGUACCCCACCACCUCGAGGUCGCACUGCCACUUCAUACAUACAGCAGAACAGCAGCACCAAGUUCAUUCCCCGUUUGGUGGAUGGAGGCAGUGGACCAACAGAGCCUGGGGAAUUAACUCCAGCUGAAUGGAAUGUAUUUGAUGUUGCCCAGUUUCUUCGCGUCAACGAUUGUGCUGCCUAUUGCGAUAGUUUCAGCAAGCGCAAAAUUGAUGGCCCUAAGAUGUUGGCUCUGACCAAGGACCAAGUGAUUGAUCUCACUGGUGGGAAAGUUGGGCCAUCUCUUAAAAUUUACGAUCUAAUUCAGCAGCUAAAAAUAAAAGUGAAUCCAGCCCAAGAGAGAAUGAAAGCAAGCUUGAAGAAACUCCUGUGAACAUUGUCAGGUGAGCUUUGCCAUGUACAGUUCAAGGCAAUCAUCAGACAACUCAGAACUCUUUAUCAACAAGUUGUUUUAAGCUGUGUACUGUAUAUGUGAGACUUCUUAGAUUUAUUAACGUUUGUAUUAUGCAAAUGAAACAAUGCUGUAUAGCUUGGUGUAUAUUUAUUUUGCCCCUUCGGACUGGACCAGUCUACAAGACAAUCAUCCUGCUCAUAGUUAACUUAAUGUGACAGGGUUUCCUCUUCCCAAUAACACAACUCAAGGCUUCUUAUAGCCAUGUGUAACUCUCAGGUAUGCUUUAUAAUACUGUUCUGGAAUUUUGUUUGAGCAGUAGUUGUAGAUACAGUGGAUUCUUUGAAUAUUUGUAUCAUUUACACUUUUUUGAAGUUUGGGGAUAAUUUUUCUCUAAGUGAUAUACCUUAAGAACUAAGAAAAAAAGCUCAUCAAAUCAUCAUGUAUGUUUGUCAAUCCUUUUAAGAAUUGUAGUGUAAAUAUUUGUUAGAAACUAUUGGAUAUAUGCUUUCGUAAAUCAUUUAAUAGUUACAAGUUUUAACAUGAAUAUUGAAACACAUGUGCUUUGUGCUUCUAGUACACCCCUUCCAGUGUUUACGAUUGGAGUAACUCUUGAGUGUCCCAUUUGUAGUUAAUACAAUAAUGCAAUUGAUUAAUCGAUAAUUUGUAUAUAGGUGGUUUGUUUCUUCAGGCAUUUGUGUAAAUUUGCAUUUUUAAACAGAGAAGAACCUUCAAAAAAUUCUUAAUUGCCAGUUGUAUUAAGUUUAGAGUGGAAGAAUGAGCAUUCUAAUUAUAAUUAUUUUAUUCAAAUUAUUAAUCCGAGUAAUACAAAUUAAGAAAGCUUUUGAAUAAACUGUACCCAUUACAUAAAAUGUAUCCUAGAUUGAUAAUCAUUCUUUACAUUUACAAAGUAAACAUAUUUGUUUUUGAUAUAUUUGCAAAAAAAUAAUUUCUUGGCUUUGUGCACAUCUCAUUUUUGCCUAAUUACUUACACUGAAGAGUCAAUAGCAAUAUUAAUUUGUUUUCUCUUUUUAGCAGAUUAAAAAAGAUUCAAUGCAAACAAUGAAUAUCUUCUUUUAAAAGAAAGAAUUAUAUUAUACUAGAGAAAAUUGAAUAUUUAUUUUGUUUUGUAACUUCCACAUAAUAGUAAAAAUGAACAAAUCAUUUUGAACAGAUUCCUUUUUUGGAAACCAUUGUUGAAUAAACUCAUUUUUUAUGAAAUAUUUAUUACAUGAGGCUCUUGUAAAGAUAUAGAGGUCUUAUUAUGCAGAAUGUUUUCAGGAUCUAAGAGUCUUCUUUUGUUUCUAUCAUUGUGUGAGAAAAGUGUUUUGGGUGUUGCACAGGAACCUGAUUUUGAGAAUUCAGAUUUUCAUCGCCUAGAAGCAACUAUUCUAACAUGUUGUAGCCUUUGUGAUGAUCUGCUGCUUGUGCAAACAGAUUGAUUGUUGAAAUAUAAUUGAGAAUAAUAUACUAUAAUAUGUUAAAUGAAGACUAUAAAAUAUAGAAAUAACAUAUGUUGUAUAAUAUGUUAAUAUAUAGGAUACUUGCUAUUAUGAGAUAAACAUAUUUUUUGAAGUAAAUUAUGUUCUUGGUACUUUAUUUGCAAGUAAUAUGUGGUCAUUUUGCAAAUGCCAGUGAGGAAGUCAGAGAUGGAGUUGACUAAUAGGCAAUCAUAAAUUCCAAUGACUGUUGAUUCUUGGUCACCCAUUACAUUAAAAAAAAAUAUUUGAUGUGAUAAAAUGUUAUUUGCUUGUGAUGUUAGCACAGUAAUGCUUGGACAGUAAUGUUGAUAGCAGCUAACAUCAGUUUGAUGAGAAGGUUAGAGGUUUUGGUGUGAUCUUUGUCAAAAUGACAAUAUUUUCGUUUAUCACAGUGAAAUCUCAGUAUUUUUUCCAAUUUAAUUGCAUACUCAAGUAUUCUGAUUUGGGUCAUUAAUGUAAUGCAUUUUACGUGUUUCUGUUCUUUCCAUUUCUGUCCAACUGAUUAUUAAAAAGUCCACUUCGAACACAUUCUGAAGUCUUCAGUAGUCUUUCGGGAAAUGCUGCACUCCCAUCUUCAGGUCUAUUACAAUUCAAUAAAAUUAGUUUUACUAACUAAACACACAAACAAUAAUUUAAGUAGACUUUACAAGGACUAAUAUAAAUUGACGUGUGGAGUUGCCAUUUUUUAAUAUAAGAAAUUGUAAGAAUCAACAGAAGAUCUUACUGACUACUGGUAUUUGUCUGACCUCCUAUGAGCAGAACUUUAGCCAUUGUCAGAUUAACCUAAAAGGGUUUUGAAACUUCUUUAAAAUCUUUUUGAAAUUGAGAAGCUUAUUAUGUCAAGAUUCAUUCAUUCUGUAACAAUGAAUUAACAAUUUAAGAAAGUAGAGCUUGCCUGUUCGUGACAAACAGCUUGUUAUGUCAGCUCACAGUCUUGCAUGAAGUACUAUGUUUGUGGACAGGAGUUAGAGUGAAAAUUAUUGAGCAACAAUUUGUCAGUGUUAUGUCUAUUGGCAGAUUUCAGCUUGGUUGUUCCAUUCAAUCCCAUCCACCCAUUCCAUUCAAAUUAAAUGUAGCUGUAUGCAAUUGCUAAACAAAUUUGAAUAUCACUUCCUACAGUUUAAAUAAAAAACCAUUGCAACAUUUUUAAAUAUAAUUUUAGGGAAAGAAAUACAUUGUACUCUAAGGAAAGGGACCAUAUCAAAAUAUGAGGGUGGGGGGGGGGAUAACCAAAUUUAAAAAAAUUAUAAUUUCCACAUUUUUAAUCCAAAAUGAAUGAAUUUUGCCAUGAGAAAUGGAAUUCCUUCAGUAUAACAGUUUAGGGAGAUGUAAAUUUCAGUGUUAGGGUAAACAUUUGAAUAAUUUUAAAAAAAUUUUUUUUUCACAAACAAUGUGUGUGUGUGUGUGUGUGUGUGUGUGGUUUUAGUUUAUUUUCUCUUUUGUAAAUGUAAUUAAUGUUUAGGUCCAAUUCUGUUCUACUCGGUAAUGUUUACUUUAUAGGGUAGUCAAAAAUAUAUUGUUGUAUGAUUAUCAUAUAUUUUGACUAUAAUACUCAUUGUUCCAUGUUUUUGAGCAUUCUGAACUCUUCAUCCUAUUUGUGUUUUUCUUGCAUAUACAAUUUUCUAAAUACUGGAAGUAACUGAUGAAAACAAUUGGUAUUUUUAGAAGUCUUUUUAGGUACUCAAGUAGUGGGAUAUCUCUCUCCUUUAUGGAGUUUGUUUUUCAGUAGUAUUUGUGACCUCAGACAUUGUACAAAAUAGUAUAAAAAUAGUUGAAAGAGAGAUCUAUGGGGUCUUCUUCCUCAGUAGAAAUGAGAUGUGUACAAAAUAAAUUGAUCAAAAUGUUUAAAAUAUUUUAUGUAAUUUUUGUUAAAUGAAAGCUAAUAUCACAUUAAAGAAUUAAAUUAGAACAAUGUGCCUGCAUAGAAUAAGUACAGCAAAUAUUAUUGUGAAAUAAGUACGUAUUUAUUACAUUGCAAUGCCCUGUAAGGUCUCAUUUUGGUCACAUCAUGUUCUCUUUAUUAAUUAAAGAGUAUGACUAUUUGUGUAAUUAUUGAAAAAAAUUGAUGUUUUAGUAUGAAUUAUUUUCUGACGAUCUUGUGCAUUCCUAUUUUUAUAUUAAUUGUAUGUACAAUAAAUAUAUAGCAAUGUAAAUAUAUUGAUAUGCUUUAUUCAAAAGCUUUUAAAUUUGAAUUUCUCUCACGUAAUAUUAGUAUUUGCACUACCUGUCUAUGUAGAACAAUUGACAAUAGAGGAUGUAUUUUUUGAAAAGGAAUCGACUGUAUCAAUGAGUUACACAUAAGAGAAUGUGGUGGAAAAUGUAGUCAUUAAGGAAGGUAAAACAUCAAACAUCAACCUUAAAAGAGCUUUUUGCAGUAUCUAAAUUUCAUUAUAGUAGCA